GUGCACGCCCCUUUCUGUUUGCUGCUCGAGGUAUACUGGGAUUUUGUUGGAUUGUUGCGUUUUGCCACAAAGUGUUAAAUGAACUUGUACUGACGUUCAUGUUCAAACAGUAAAUAUUACAAUAUAUUGAUUGGGCGGGUUUUUGUGUGAUGUAGCGGAUUAACAGAUUUUUGAACUGGAAAACCUGGACUCUAUCUGGCAACACCGUGGUCAGAAGAAGAAGAAGAAGAGCGAGAUAGUGAUGAGGAAUGAACUCCCGGGAUAAUAUGGAGACAGGAGAGACAGAAAGCCACUUGGAGCGGCUCACUGCUCCAGUUCCAGAGGAAGCCUGGUGUAAGGAGAAGCUGUCGGGGGUCGUCAGAAGCGUCCACCGGAAACUGCGCAGGAAAUACAGAGAAGUGGGGGAUUUUGACAAGAUCUGGCGCGAGCACUGUGAGGACGAGCAGACGCUGAGCGAGUAUGCCCUCGCCAUGAAGAACCUCGCAGACAACCACUGGACGAAGAACUGCGAAGGAGAAGGCCGCAUCGAAUGGUGUCGUAGUAUCUGUCAAGAGUAUUUCCUGGAUGGCGGGAUGAAAAGAAUGUUAGACAAGGAUGAGAAAAGUGCCACACUGGCCAUGAGUCAGACUGCAGCCUCUGUUUGUGCUCAAGCGCACAGCACCAUCCCCAGUAUCAUCCCUCAGCUGGAGAAGAUUCGCCUGCUGGAUGUGGGAAGCUGUUUCAACCCUUUCUUAGGAUUUGAUGAAUUCCUGACCAUUGGGAUUGACAUUGUGCCUGCAGUCGAGAGCGUGUACAAGUGUGACUUCCUCAACCUGCAGCUCCAGCAGCCUCUCCAGCUGACAGGUAAUGCAGUCGAGGCCUUUCUCCGCCACCUCCACAACCCAAUCGACGCCCUGCCAGCCAAGCUAUUCCACGUGGUAGUCUUCUCCUUGCUCCUCUCCUACUUCCCUUCACCAUACCAGCGCUGGAUUUGCUGCAAGAAAGCCCAUGAGCUGCUGGAGCUGCACGGGCUGCUGCUCAUCAUCACGCCCGACUCGUCCCACCAGAACCGCCACGCCCUCAUGAUGCGAAGCUGGCGGGUGGCAGUGGAGUCAUUGGGCUUCAAGCGCUACAAAUACAUUAAGUAUUCUCACAUGCACCUCAUUGCCUUCCGUAAGGUGUCUCUGGCCACCAUCAGCGACUUGGUGUCAUGCAAUUAUCCUGAGAUGCUCUACGUCCCUCAGGACUUCAACUUUAACGAUGAGGAAGAUUGCUCCGAUGUGCCGGCUAAGGUGCGCUCUGAGUUUGAGGAUGACCAACUGGCUUGGGGUUUUGCAGAGCUACCAGACACGCCGUAUGAUUCAGAUUCAGGGGAGAGUCAGGGCAGCUCUGUUCCUGGCUUUCACGAGCUUGACGAUUCCAUUCUGCUUCAAAGCUAAACCAGCACCAAAUCCCAGCAUUUCUCCCCCUGACUGUCCCUUCUGCUGCUGUGCUGCCAAGUUCAAACCUGCUGCAUUCUUCUCCUACCCCCACCCCUUUAAAAAACUGCAGUUUGCACAAUGAAAGAGUUUACAGAUUGUUUUCUCUUAUUCACACUCCUUUGAGAGGACAUGUGUACACAGGUCCGUCUUGUAAAUGAGUCCUCAUGGCUCAUUGAGACUAGCCUGGAUAAUUAAAGGU